AUGAUUAGUCCCGAUCAUUCUCUCACAUUCACCAAUUUGGCGUCCAAGAGCUUUGAGCUCACGCAGCACAAUGUACCGACGUCUCCCGAUGUCCGGAUGAUUCAGGAUAUCAGUCAGGCUACUUUGACGCCUAGAGAUGGGGAGUCAUUCAUGUCGUGGACGAAGGGGUGUUAUUUUGGCAAGAGCGGGUUCGACGAUGUGAUGCUCUGCUGGCAAGAGGUGGAGGCCUUGACGUCUUUCUGUAUUGGUGUUGAGUCUCCCGAGCGCGGUUUUUUCAAGCCCAUUCAGUCUCACUGGAAAGUGAAGUACAACGACGGCACGACAACGAAGGACUGGUUCUUUCCAUCAGACAACCCAUCAGAUCCGUACACGUUCCCAAGCUCGUUGGAUGUUGAUAUCUCAGUUACGAGUCACGCGGUGAAGGAUCAGCUGGAGCUGAAGAUUACCAUCAAGGAUAAAACACCAAAUUCUGAGCUCAAAUCGUGA